UUAUGAAUUUGCAAUUAUGUCAUUGAUAUACAUUUACUCUAGUGUAUUAUCAAAGUUCUCUCUCUCCCUUCAAAACUAGGUCUGCGAAAAUACAAAACAUUCACUCUUGCAUUCACAGCGCUCUUCCAUUAACGGCGCUCAUCUAUUCACAGCGCAUAGUGAACGCGACGAACCGAGGGUUUUUGUGUGUCGUCAUGGCGAAGACGAAGGGUGGAUAUGGUGGAUCAUGUGGGAAUGCGUUGCAGAAGCAAGGGACUGCUUAAGAAAACAAAUUAUAAUUUGUCCCCUUUUAUGGAGAGGAGUGUGAGUACGACCAAACGUCUCAAUAAGAAAGAGAAGGCUUUGGCCCUAUUUGGGAUGUACAACCAGAAAGAGGACAAUGUCAAAGUGAUGUUCCAGUAUGAUAAUACAAUUCUGCAACGAAUGCACAUGGCAACACUCUGCAGGGAUAAUGUUGUAAGUCCUGAAGUCAUUACCGCGUGGGUGAUAUGCUUGAAUAUGAAUGAGGAGUUCAGGUCGGAUGCAUCGCCAACACGAUUCUUUGCCUCGGUUGAAAUUUGCUCGGAGUCUAUUGUUCAACCGCCAAGUACUUGGACAUACAAUAGACGUCGGGAUAUAUUUUUUAGGCUUCUAUCUAAUGAACUAUCAGGGCUUCAACAGAUGGCUGUUUCAGGCAUAGAUUUGUUCUGCUUCCCUGUGUAUAGAAUAAUGAAUUUUUUCAUGGUAUGCGUCGACAUAAGGAAAGAGAAGGCGUAUGUUUUAGACAGUCGGAAUGAGACCCAAGUACAGUGCCGAGAUGAAAAAUAUUUGUCAACGGUCAACGACGUGAAACAAAUGCUUGGAGACUACAUGGGACAUUUAGGUCAUGUGCACAAGAGCAACGUUGUGAAACGAUCAAAAAUGUUGAUACCACAUAUCAAAUGGGGGGAUUCAAAGAACAUAAAUGACUCUGGCGUAUACAUGAUGCGACACAUGGAGGCGUUUAUGGGUGAGAAUCCAUCUUUAUGGAGUUGUGGAUUAGCGCCGAAGCUAAAGAAGCAACUAAACCUCUUACGUGCGAGGUACUGUGCAGUGCUUCUUGGAUGGGAGAAAAAUAUUGCCAAAGAUGCGGUUGCGGUUGGAGCUAAUGCGUACUAUGACGAGGUCUUCAAUAACCCCGCAUUAGACAUUGAUGCUACUUUGCUAGGAUGAUGAAUUCAACAAAUAUAUGGAUCUUGUUAUGAUGACGCAUAUCUACUUGCAGAGAUAGACUUUAUUUUUCUUUAUUGGCGAGUUGGAUAAUAUUACGAGCAUUUCGUAAUUGUUGGUUUCUGGAUAUU